GAAACGAUUUGAAGGACUGACGAAAUGUCAAAAAAUAAUUUCUCCUAAACAAACCGAAAAUCUCAAAUUUACGGACUGUCAGCUGGUUAUAAGUAGUGAUGCCGUUUCCUAUCAUAAAAUUAGUUACUCUUAUUGCCAAACAGUUAAGCAAACCUUUAACUAAUGCAGUGAAACACCGUGCCAAAACUUCACCAGCAUUCAGGAAAAUAUGUUCAGCACCAGCAAACGUUUAUCAUCGGUGGGACAUCCAGAUGAGGACAAAGCUUCUUGGGUUUAAAAGUGGUCCAUUAAAAAAGGAUAUUCAACCUAUGAACAGUGAAAGAGCUGUUGAACUUGGCGCUGAGCUGAUUGGAGAAUUCACUGUAUAUUCCGUAGCAGUGUUAUUACUUUAUGCAGAGUAUUAUUACUCAUCAAAAUCCAAUGAACGGAAGGAGUCGGAUAAAAAGUUAGAGUUUGAGAAUAUUAGCAAUGAGGUAUUACAUUUGAGUCUCAAUGUGGCAACGCUUGAAGCUGAGCUGAGAGAGGCACAAAGAACUCUGGGGGAAUUGAGCAGUCAAAAUCAUGCACUUAUGGAGAAAGUGUAUGGGAGUUAAAAAAGUGAUGUUAGACAUAUUGUAGAAGCAAUAUAGAAAAAAAAUCAUUGUAUGAAUGUUUAUGGGAAAUUGUAAUAUUGAAGUUAGACAUAUUGUAGAAACAAUACAAAAAAUAGUCAUUUUAUAAAUUACAAGUUCUGUUUAAUGGCAUCAGCUACAAAGGGUGUAUAUUCAGGGUAGUUAAAAUAAAUGAAUAUUAAUUUAUUGUUGCAUCCAAGUGAAGUGAAAGGUAUUGUAGAAGCAGUACAAAAAUAGUCAUUUUAUAAAUUACAAGUUGUGUUUGAUAGGCAUCAACCACAAAGGGUAUAUAUAUCAGUGUAUUUAAAAUGAAUGAAUAUUAUUUUGUUAUUGAUGCAUUCCUUGUGAGGUUAUUAAAUAGACAUAGCAAUGUUAGAAAUAGUCAUUUUAUAAAUUACAAGGCAUGUUUAAUUGGCAUGAACCUCAAAGUGAUAUGCUGUGAAUUUAAAAUAAAUGAAUAUUGAUAUGUUGUUGAUGCACUCUGUUAUCUCGAUGUUUUGAAAAUGUCAAACUUUUUCAAAAGUGUUAGGCUUAGUUAUGCACUUUUUGUUUUUCGGUUAUAAUGAAUGUUAAGUUAUAUCGAAAUAUUUCUUGGGGUCCCUAUGACCUCAACAUAGCGAGUUGUGACUGUAUGUCAAAAUAUUUGUUAAUAAAUUUUAUUUGAAGUUAAAAUGACAAGCAUAAAGUAUGAUAUCAUCGGGAAUAUGAUGUCAUAGGUCGAUUUUCUAGUGACUGAACACAGAAUGGCAGUGCUCUACAGAACACAUUACUGUUCUUGUGUGUUUAUGCUCAUUUGUAGUUUUCAUGUAAUUUUAAUGUUUAGAAUAUCAGAAAAUUUAAAUAAAACACUAUAAGGCCUAUUUCUGCUCGCCAUGGUGCACAUAGAAAUGUAUCAUUCAUGUAGUACCUUGUGCAUGGUAUUAUUUAAAUGAUGAACGUUAAUUUAUUUCUAUUUUAUAAUAUGUUGUUUAUCAAGUGUGUAGGUUACAUGAAUGCCAAAAUAAUUCUUAAAGCAAAUAAAUCGUUGAAUAGUAAAAUCAGGGAUAAAGGUUUUUAUGUUUCAUUCCUCCAAGGUGAGAUCUAAAAAUGUUGGCUUUGCAAUAUGCAUUAUGUAUUAUUUGUACUUGUUUAAGUAUGUGGACACAUGUAUGAAUGUUUUUCAUGAAUUUCAUUUCACCUUAGUUAUUUUUGUGUUGCCUGCAUAGCAUAGAAGACAGAGGAAUAACUUUGUCUAUUCAACUGUAGUAUUGCACUGUAUUAAAUUCAUAAAACAGGUACAAAAUUGUAGGUUCCCAGAUGAAUGGAUGCCCUUGUUUUAUGAAAGUCUGACUGUCUGGGUAAUUGCUGUAUCAGUCUAGGGUUCACUCAGUGUACAAUCUAGUAUUACCAUGGCAUAUUACACUCAUAUAUUGGUUGCUCAUAACUUCAUGUUUUGAACAGAUACAUGAUAAUUUUUAGCAUUACAGUGCACUUUUGAUAUCCUGUUAUGAUUUAUUUUUAAUAAAAUUCUAGA